UCCCUUACAGACCCUCCAAUCCAUCAUCAGUAGCAAAGAAAUCUUCUUAACUCUCCUCAUCUUCUUGUCCUCUCAAAUGGCAGUUCAAAAACUCGUUUCGUUUUCAGCCAAGGCUGUAGCCUACCUACUGCUCCUCACUGUCACCAUUGCUUUCUCUACCUCGGCUCGAGUUCUUGAGGAGCAACCAGAGUUGCCCACUUCCCUCUCAGGGGCAUCCAAUUCAGUUCAGCAACCUGUUGCUGGUGUAGCUCCAAUCUCUACACCUGCAGUGGCACAACCAAACCCUGGUGUGGCUGCAGCUGCUACACCUGCAGUGGCACAGCCAAACCCUGGGGCAGCGGCACAGCCAAACCCUGGGGCAGCAGUACAGCCAAACCCUGGUGUGGCGGCACAGCCAAACCCUGGUGCAGUGGCAGCUACUAGUGGUGGCAUGGCUCACGAUGACCAUCCCUUGUCCUUCUUUAUGCACGACAUAUUAGGUGGGUCGAACCCCUCAGCUCGAGCUGUGACUGGGAUUGUUACCAACCCAGCAGUCAAUGGUCAGGUCCCUUUUGCCAAGCCAAAUGGGGCACUCCUCCCAGUAAACAAUGGGGUACCCCUCAAUAGCGGUAACAGUGGACUUAUAAACAACAACAACAUUCCAUUCCUCACUGGCCUUAGUGGAAUUACACCUACUGUGAUUCCAAACAACGGCAACAACUUGUUCAAUGGUGGCAAUGGACUACCAGUUGGAAAUGGGGGUCAGUACCUUGCAGGUUCCAGCCUUCAGAAGCUCAUGUUUGGGACCAUGACAGUGAUAGACGACGAGCUAACUGAAGGGCAUGAGCUCGGAUCUGGUUCAGUGGGGAAGGCACAAGGAUUCUAUGUUGCAAGUUCUGAGGAUGGUACUAGUCAGACAAUGGCAGUUACAGCCAUGUUCCAGAGUGGAAGCUAUGCUGAUAGCCUUAGCUUCUUUGGGGUUCAUAGAACUGCUGUCUCAGAGUCUCAACUGGCCAUUAUGGGCGGAACUGGGAAGUAUGUUAAUGCAAAGGGAUUUGCAACAGUCAAGACCAUCCCCCCAACGCAUCAGCAAGCCACAACUGAUGGUGUAGAGACACUGCUCGAGUUCACUGUUUAUGUUACCUACUAAUAUGUUGUAUAUGGAUCUUCAAGUUUGUUGAAAUCUCUGUACCAGAGAUGGAGUUUACCAACUAAUCUCUUUACAGGGCAAGGUUUGGUUUGUUUAUGAAUCCAGAAAAAUGGAAUGGUUUCCAAUUUGUUUCCAUAAA